AUCUGCUGUCGGACAGAAAACUAUAUUUCCUGGUCGUUAAUACUUUGGUAGUUCUAUAUCGGUGAAAAGAGCGCGCGUCGUAGACGACCCGCAACUAACGGACCAUGAUAGCAGCCACGUGAUAUUCCUCGCUACUUCGGGCGGCGACACGCCCACCCUAUACGUAGGGUGGGCGUAUAGAAGCAAAGCCUUCUAGUACACGGUAACGUCAUGUCAUGUUCAUUUCACCGCGCUUCAGCGCCUACAUUGUCUUGGAUUCUAGAGGGCGCCUUUAACCACUGGAGAAUAAGGUGUCUGAAUAAUUGGGGAAUAAGUCCCCUGAGAAAUAAAUGUUAUUCAAAGGCUUUACUGGCGAAAACGGAGAUAACGAAAACGGAGAUAAAUUUUUACUUCAUUCCCUUACCGUAGACUUGAGGAUCAAGUUCGAUUUUUAGUAAUGAUUAAAAAUACGAAGUCAACAUACAAUGAAGCUAAUGAAAGCGUUGAUGAGAUUGGUGCUUUUCUUUUUUGUUUUUUUUUUGUUUUUAUGCCGGAAAAAUAGAUGUGAGUUGUUCCGGGGCAGACUUUGAAUCUCGGAACCGUCGAGGAAAGCAGCCUGCUGCUGCAAACGCACAUGUGAGACAAUUAUUACAUUUUGGCGGUGUACGUUCAAUCAAUUUGUUCACUCUCCUCUUGCUCGUGGCGUCGGCCCUGAAUCUCGGCGAAACAAUCUGGUCAGAAUCGUUAGAACAGGUCAGAAGCGUUUCGAUCAACGUUACUGGCUGUGCAUUAUGCACGCUGGUAAGCCAAAUUUCGCGGCAGGAAACGUCAUCAUUAACGUCACCGACGUCACGUCGAAAGUGGAGAGAGGGUGCUACGUUUCGCGUGCUACAAGCCGUUCCUGUGGCGGCAGUUCGCCAUCUUGUGUUUGGUGGUGCCGGUACUCGGGCGAGGCAAAGGUACACCGUCGACGUUUUGGGAACGUGAACAGCAGCAGAGCACUCGAGCCGUGACACCGGCCAGUGAAGAUGGCGACGAGAAGCGUUCGUAAGACCAUUGUCACCACCACGUCAUCUUCUCACAGCGCGUCGUCGUCGCAGGAUCGCGGCGACAACGAGGAGAACCCGGCGGCCGGGUUUCAGACUCCGGCCGAUGGUGGGCGCGGGCGGCACGACCGGCGCUCACGUUCGCCGUUGAGUCAGUCUCGCUUUACCCGGAUUCAGGAAAAGAAUGAACUGGCAAACCUCAACGACCGGCUCGCUACAUACAUCGACAGAGUGCGUGAGUUGGAAACCGAGAAUAGUCGACUCACACAGCAGAUAGAGACGAGCCAAGAGACCCGCACUCGUGAAGUGACCAGCGUCAAGAAUCUAUACGAGAGAGAGCUGGCCGAGGCCCGACGGGCCGUCGACGAUACAGCCAACGAAAGGGCGAAGCUUCAGUUGGAAGCGAAGAAAUGGCAGACCGACGCCGAGGCGUUGCAGGCCAAGCUGAACAAACGGGAACGUGAGUGGUCAGCAGCAGAGCGUCGUGCAACGUCAUUGGAGUCUCAAGUUGUGGAUGUGCAAGGGCGCCUGAACCAGGCAUUGUCACAACUUAAGGACGCUGAAAACGAGCGGGAUGCCCUGGCAAAAGAACUGGAGAGAGUCAAGAAAGAACUGCAAGAUCAGAUCCUGCGUAACACAGAACUCAGCAACCGAGCCAGAACACUGAAUGAGCAGCUGGACUUCCAGAGGUCUCUUUAUGAAAAGGAGCUGGAAGAAGUGCGGAUUGUGAAGCAGACUGAGAUAACGGAAAUUGACGGGAGGCUGAAAGAGAACUACGAGCGCAAACUGGCAGACACGCUGCAGGAGCUUCGCGAGCAGUACGAAUCACAGAUGCGGCUGAACCGGGAGGAAAUGCAGAGCAUCUACGAGACCAAGAUGCAUGACCUUCAGGAACUGCUGGACCGACGCUCUUCCGACUCCUCUGUGACCCGUGAUGAGCUGCACACCUACAAGACUCGCCUGGAAGGUGUAAACUCGCGCAUCUCGGAGCUCGAAUCACUGAACCAAUCUCUCUCGUCCCGUGUGCGGGACUUGGAGCGGCUCCUGGAGCAAGAGCGUGACUGGCACACCCGAGCCCUGACUGCGAAGGAUGAGGAGAUCCACCGCCUGCGUGCUGAGAUGGAGCAGCAACUGAUUGAGUACCAAGACCUGCUGGACAUUAAGGUAGCACUCGAUCUCGAGAUUGCUGCCUACCGUAAGCUGCUUGAGGGAGAAGAGACACGCCUCAACAUCACUCCAACAUCCAGUCCUACAAGCUCGGAAAUGUUUGUGACUCCUCACCGUGGUACCAAGCGAAAGCGCACCUUUAUGUCCCACCGUGAAGAACAGAGCAACUCUGAUGCCCAAGUGACUGCAUCUGCAAAGGGAGACCUUGAGCUUUCUGACCACUGCAUUGAUGGCAAGUAUGUUGCUGUUCACAACAAAGGAACGAAGGAGGUGCCGUUGGCUGGUUGGCAGGUUCACAGCAAAGCAGGUGACGAUGAGUUCACAUUCAAGUUCCACCGUACCCACGUAAUCAAGCCAGGAGCCACAAUCACUAUCUGGAGUCCUGAUUGUGGGGUCACGCACAACCCUCCCGGAGACCUGGUCAUGCGCAACACCAAGUGGCCGAAGGGAGAGCAGAAGCGCACAGCACUCCUCAAUUCGGAAGGCCAGGAAGUGGCAACACGGGAAAGUCGUCGUCGGCAGUUCAGCAGACUCUCUGAGCGCAGCUCAGGCAUUGGUGGUCCCUCCGGCUUCCGCAGCGAGCACAUCUUCCACGAUGAUGUGGACCCAAAUGACCCGAAUCGGUGCAGCAUUAUGUGAACUUAACCCUCAAGAGAGAGUGCUGUCACCACUGCACCUAGACAACCGAGCAUGUGCCAUCAGAAUACAUCAGCGCUUUUACUUUGUACUGCUCUAGUUUUGCCCGUCAAAUGUACCAUCAUGGACGGCAAAGUGUGUGCCACAUUUCAUUUUCACUUUUGCUUUAUUCCUUUCCACACAUUUUUUUAUUAGAUUUGAACCUGUUUUGACUGUACCAAUGGCUGUACCUCCCAAACAGCUCUAUAAUUGAAAAUGUUGUAAAAUGUUUAAGCUCCUUUUGCAUUUGGAGGCCUCUUCUAUGCUUUGAAAUUUUUGACAAUUUUAUUUCUCUUCCUUCCUUCCUCACUCCAUAUUGUUGAGAUUGUCCAUUUCAGUUAUCGAAUGCAUAUCAAGAAAAUACGGCCACUUAUUGAGAAUCUGUCUUUUCUUUAUUUUUUCUGCUGCGCAUGUCUUGCAUUCUUUACUUUAUUUCACCAAUAUUGUGCUACAAAAAGGAAUAUACAUAUAAAUAUAACCUUUCUUUUGUGUGUGUUGCAUAUUCAGCAGCUAUUGUAUUCGUAGAACAAAGUAAAAGCUAUAAUUAAGCAUGUUUUCUUUUUCCUACGUUUAUCAACUCUAUUAACUUUAGCACUUCAGUGCUAGAGUUAAUAUUGUCUCAUGCUUGCUCUUCGAACGUUUUGCGAGAGUUGGCUCUUGUGUUGUGUAGAAGUCUGUGGUAUCUGCUUUUACCUGUUAGCUUUGUCCAGUGUCAUUUUAAUUGUCCUCGUUUGUGAACUUCAGGGUGACCACUUAUGACGAACAGAUUUUAACUUGCAUAUUUUGUAGAGUUCCUUGCGAAAUUCUGCAGUUGGGAUCUUUAACAUCUUAGGUUGAGGCAUUUGUUAAAAACCAUAAAUCAUGUCAAACAAAAAUAAUCCAAGUAUCAUCUCCAUAAUUUCUUAGUGCAUGGUAGUACGAGUUCAGAUGACAACCAGUUUUGGAUCAAUCAUCCUUAGUCAUUAGAACGGACUCUGCCUUCUCUCAAAAUAAGAUGUGAACUGCAAAUUUUGUUAUUCAGACAAGCAGCAUUAAAAAAUAAUCUUUAGGUGAGACAUUUCACUUGUUUUGGGCUGUUUUCCCAACACUCCAUGUUGCCCUGCCUCCCUUCUCUCUCUUUUCCCCUUGUUCUUGGAGAGCUAUCCACUUUUUAGUCCAAGUUCAUCUGGUUACUCCAAUGAACUUGUUUGUACCGGUGUUUGCCUUGCCUCCCAAAGGAUCUCCAAACAUGGGACUUCUCUUGCUCUUUGUGGGAUUUAAAAACAUUGUAUUCUGUAUUCCUUCUUUAAUCUGGGCUCACACAAGAAAGUAAAUGGCCAAUUCAGUCUCUUCCUUGGUACCAAAUUAGUGGUACCAAAUCACACCAUGAGUAACAGUUACUGAACAACUUGUUCAGCACACAGAAAAUGUUAAUGUACCAUUGCCACUAAGGGGAAAGUUCUUUGUUGGAAUGCUGGUGGAAAAUAGAAAAGUAAGAAUAAAUGAGCACUGCUGCCUUGUCUAAGGUUUUAGUCAUCAAAUCGACGAGAAUUUCAUAUAAUUUCGCACUUACUUGGAAAAGGAAGAGCAUUCACAGGUAACCCAUCAUCAUGUCACUGCUGGUCACAUCUAUGUAUUGUUGAAAAACUUUCACUUCAAAUCAACUAUGCCUAAUCUUCAUUACUGAAAACACAUGCAUGAAAAGUUAUGUACCUUCUGUGCAUUUCCUAGUUUAUUGUGCCACUUUUAUUGCGUGCCUGAAGCAACAGUGCGAUUGUAUAGCACAAGUGGACUCUGGUUUUGUGUGGCUCUACCACUUGUGGCAUAAUAGUUUCUGCACUUUCGUUCACAUUUUCGUUCAUGAAUACAUGCACUGCAGUGUAUUCUCGCAUUCAUCCCCUCAUUUCCACUUCCAUUCAGUAUGAGGUCACUUUAAGUACUACUUGAACUUCAUUGUUGCUUCGUUCACAUUAUGUGGUUUGAAUGAAGCCAUAGGUCAGCAGACAUUGGCAUGUUUUGCUCUGAUAAUGGCAGCAGUACUUUCAUUUUAGCACGUGAACAUGGCAGUGUUGUUACCUUUUUCUGGUGCACCUUUAGUCUGUUUUUGUGCUUUCAUGCUUGAAACUACGUGAAUGUUCCAAGGUAUUCGUGUGCUGUGCUUAUGAUGCUGCAUGGUGCUUUAUGUCCAUGACUUGAUCUGAGCACCGCUCCACAUUUUGGUUUAAAUACGAGGAAAUAAAUAUAAAGUAAAAGAAUGGCAUCCUUGCAAUUUACCUAGGAAGUCUUGCAUAGAAGAAAUUCACAAUGUCCAUCAGAUGCCAAGUUUGACUGUGCACUUGCAUAUACCUAGGCUUGGUAGCAAGUUACUGGCUUCUCUUGCUGCUGCUGAAAUUGCUGGACAGAACUUAUAACCUGUUGCUGCCGUAUGCUGUGCGUUUUCUCAUUAGGACAGUUGAGAAUGUAUGCAUGUUGGAUGCUCAUAUGUGCAGAGUUCGCUGUUACUAGAAGGGUUGCUGUUCUUACAGUAGUAUCAAAAUUGCCAUGUUUUCUCGCACUGGCCUGUAGGCAUAUCUGUUUUUCGUUGACAUGGCUGCAGUUAAUAGUUGCUACGGCAUACCCAUUCUGUGCAGGUCAGUACUGGUCAUUUACCAGAGCCAAUUAAAUUUUGAGCUUAUGACAGCGCCCAUGUUAAGCUGUUGUGAUGAAAAUGAAGCAAGCUAGUGGUUUGAACUCUACGAGAAGGACCAUGUACUGUAUGGUCAGUUGCUGUGCUUUUUGAAAAGCUGCACAGAUGCUUACUGCGUCAUACAUUGCAGCAUUGCAAAGCAUGUGCAAUUUGCAUAAAUCAAAUGCCAUUUUGUGUUGCCUAGUUGUUGGGGCAUCUGUUUUCAAAUGUAUGUUGUAGGUGCUUGUGACAAUAUUUGUGUUAUCUGUUGUUCAUUUACGUUGGGUAGCAUUUCUUUGAAGAAAGCUAAACCUACAGUGCCAGUGACCACUGCCAUGCUUCACCCCAGAAUGCACUCUGUUAGCAAGUUGCAUACCACCCACGAAUUAUAUAACCUCAGCACAUCACCGCUAUUCACACUAACAUUAAGUAAGGUUGUCUCGACUGAGACCCAUGCAGUGUCGGGUGCUUUCACACUGCUUACAAGAAAAGUGCCUAGCUAUAUAUCCGUCGAGUAAGCACUUAAAGAUUGGUGCGACUGUCUUUUUUUUUUCUCUUCCUUGUUGGGAAGAAUAAGUGAUUUAAACUUUGCAUAACUGGGUGCUUUAUCCUCCUUGCUGUGUUUUGAUUUAGCAGUUCCCACUGCCGUAAUUGUGUUCUCGGUACAAAGUUGCAAGAUCACCGGAUUGUGUGUUCUGAGUGAUGUCAUGCACACGCACAUAAAAAGUGAGCAGUGAUUUGGACAUACUUUGUUUGGCUUUGGCUUCCGAAAUAUAUUGCAUGUCCAUUCAUUUCGACGAUUUCUUGUGUGGCUGUGGCUCUGCAUUCUUGUGGUGUACAAAACACUAUUAAAGUUGAAUUUAUUUGUA